GCCCGGCCCGGCCCUGCCCGACCGAGCCCCGCGGGCGGGAGCGCAGAUCCGGCAGGAUAGAUAAAUUACAUAAAAAUUCUUCUGGUUUGCAUGCAGCAUUUCACUGACUUUGGUUGUGAAGGCUCAUCAUAUGCUACAGAUAACUUGAAGAGAUCUUGGACAGUUCUUGAAGAUUGUUUGACAGCAUUUUGAAUUGCAUUUGCAGAUAAGUGUUGCAAUCCAGCACAUGCCUAAGUAUGCACUCUGCUAACAUGCUUCUGAGAAGAAUUGUAAGAAGUUCUGUCCUUCCAUUUGCCACACAACAUGGGAUGAAAAAGGAUUUGUUUCCACUCAGAAGAACUCUGAGUUUAUCACUUUGUCUGAAGCAGGACAAAUCAUGUGAACCCUCAGAAAAACUGGAUUUGGAUGAAUGGAAGAAGGUAAUGAAAUCUGGGUUGCAAGAAGAGGUCAGUGAGAUGGUCUCAGAGCCAAAGGAGCUUUCCAGUUUGGCUGCUGCACGUGAGACUUGGGAGAUGUGGAGGCUAGCUGGCAGAGCAGUUCCAGAAAAUAUGAGUGAAGAACAGCUAAAAACCUUUAUGGAGUGUCCUUCUAAGUCAGCCAAAAAGAAGUAUUUAAAAUAUUUGCAUCUCAAGGAACUUCACAAGAAAAAUGACAAGAGAAAGAUGGAUGAGAGAAGGGAAAGGAGGCUGGAAGCACAAGAUCAAGAUUCAAAAACAGAGGAGACCAAGAAGACACCAUUUGUGUGUUUAUGGUCCCGCACCAUGGACAAAGCAUACAACUGGAGGGCUGCUCAGUCCAUGAUCUUUGGCCAGCCUCUGGUAUUUGACAUGUCUUAUGAAAAGGACAUGUCUGUGCGAGAAGUCUCAAACACAGUGAGGCAGAUAGUAAUGAGUGAGAGCAGCAAUCGGAGAUCUGUGGAUCCAUUCCACAUCCACUUCUGUAACUUCAAAGAUGAUAGCCUCUACCACAGGGAAUUCAUCAAGAAUUAUAGAGAGGCCUGGGACAAACUGCUUAUCACAGUGACAGACCAGUGCUACACAGAAAUCUUUCCCAAGGAGAAGCUCAUCUAUCUGACAGCAGAUUCUCCCAAAGUAAUGAAAGCAUUUGAUCAUGAUAAGAUUUAUAUUGUUGGGUCAAUGGUUGACAAGAGCAUUAAAAGAGGAGUCUCCUUAGCACGGGCAAAGCGGUUGGGGCUGGAGACUGCAGCCCUUCCACUGGAUAAGUAUUUGCUGUGGAGUACUGGUGCCAAAAAUCUCACACUGGAUCAAGUGAUGCAUAUUUUAUUAACCUUGAAAGAUACAGCUGACUGGAAGAAGGCUCUGGAAUUUGUUCCCAAAAGGAAAUACUGUGACUUUGUAAACAAGCCUGUAAAGGAAUUGAAAAAAACAUUAGACCUGAUCAGCACACUCAAACUUGGAAAGGGACGGGAAAAAGUAGAAAAGCAAUUUGCCAAAAACUACCCCAAGAGGUAUAAACUAAAGCAAAAGUAGAGUGAUGGGGAGGAAAAUGAAUUUUUUACACACAAACUGUGCCGACUUCUUGGUGCUCUGUUCAGCUUUUAAUCUCAGAACAUGUUUUGUUGCUUAUGUUUGAAAUUACCAUCAUUAAGAGUUGGGUUUUUUUAAUUACUUUAGUAGUCCAGCUGUUUAAAUUUAUUCACACAUAAUUGAAAUGAUGUAAGAGAAAUGAGAUAAUCUGUUGUAAAAAAAAAAAAAUAACUCUACAUGAAGACUAUCAGUCUGUUCCAUUGAACUGUGCUUGGGCAAGGGUGAUUGUUACUGAAUGCAAAAUUUUCAGACUGCUUUGGAGGCUGUCUAGAGUUUUAUUCUGUAAGAUCACUAAGAUGAAGUAGAAGAGACCUCUCCCAUUACUUCCUGAAUCAUCUUGUGUGCAAAUGAAUUGACUUUGAUAACUGACCUAAAUGGUUAAAACCUUGUGUGAGUUUGGAGAACUGCACAAUUUAUUUCUGGAUGUUCUAUCUGGCACAAAUAAAGUCCCUGUUUGGAAGGAA